UACAGCCUAUCAGGAAGUAUCAAGAGCCCUCCUUAUUGUAUGUCGUCAACCCGCUGAUCCUGCAAGCUAACUAGCUAGCACGCGAAGUAAAUCGCUGGGUGAACUAUAAUUCGACUGAGUUUAACGUUACUCGUUGGCUGAAGAAAAUGUCAUUUUAAUCGCUGACAUUGGCUGUGGUUGUCCUGGAGUCGUCAAGAAAGGCGAGACAUUAAUGCGUUAGCCUGUUUUCUACAAAGUUGCUAACCAGAUCCGUUGACAGCUAGCUAGCUACUGUAGCUUGGCAGCUAACUGUCUGUAUUGAGUUACCACAGCAAAGCUACGUAGUACGUGGUCUCAACCCUGCACUUCCGAGCCGUCGCCGUCCUAUCAAGCAAUUUUACGAUUUUACUUGGUUAAAGACCUCUCAUGUCAAUGACACUCUUCACAAAGUGGUCCCUAUUGCUAUGAGGAUCUGCAGAGCCCUGCUGUAAGCCUGAGCCAUGAACUCCGUGUCUCCCAGUGCAGUUCAGUAUGUGGGGGGAGUAGGAGUGGUGUGUCAGGAUGACACCCUCCAGAGAGAGGAGACCAAGAGGCCUCAGCAGCCACAGCUGGUGGACCCUGGCGGAGGAAGUGGCUUUGGGAAGCGGCAGGGUACUGAUGUCGGUGGGGGUGGAACCAGAGAUGCCACCACCGCUGGAGAGCCAGACGAGGUGGACAAACUCAAGACCAAGCUGAUGUCGGCGUGGAAUAAUGUCAAAUACGGCUGGUCAGUCAAGUCGAAGACCACAUUCAACAAGAGCUCUCCGGUGACUGUAAUGGGCCACUCCUAUCUGCUCAAUAGUGAAGACGAGGUGGAGCGGUUCAGGCGGGCGUUCGUGUCUCGGCUGUGGCUGACCUACCGUAGGGAGUUCCCCCAGCUGGAGGGCUCCACCUUGACUACAGACUGUGGCUGGGGCUGCAUGCUGCGGAGCGGACAGAUGCUGCUGGCCCAAGGCCUACUGCUACAUCUGCUGCCACGAGACUGGUUGUGGCCAGACGCCCAGCAGUUCGCUGAUGUAGACUUUGAGGCUUUGAGACCCCACUCCCCGUCCCGUGCUGGUGGCGUACCCAUCCCCUCCUUCGGCUACUCCUCCUCCUCGCGGACCCCCACCACGCCCCAGAAGAACUCCAUGCCAGGGGGCACGGCUCUCAACCAUACCCAGAAGAAGAAGCCCGAGUCGGGCAGGGACAGGCAGGCUGAGCCCCUCCACCGGAGGGUUGUGGCCUGGUUUGGGGAUGAGCCCCCGGCCCCGUUUGGGGUGCACCAGCUGGUAGAAUUGGGGAAGAGCUCAGGGAAGAAGGCGGGGGACUGGUACGGCCCCUCAGUGGUGGCACACAUACUACGAAAAGCAGUUGCCAAGACUUCUGAGGUUCACAACCUGGCUGUAUAUGUAGCGCAGGAUUGUACCGUGUACAAAAAGGACGUGGUGCAUCUGUGUGACCAGUCGUUGAACCAGAGUAUAUCAGAUCCUGAGCUCAGUGGUCCAGGCUGGAAGUCUGUCAUCAUACUGGUUCCAGUCCGACUAGGAGGAGACUCUCUCAACCCCUCCUACAUCAAGUGUGUCAGGAACAUUCUCAGGUUAGAAUGCUGUAUCGGGAUCAUCGGCGGCAAACCCAAGCAUUCGCUGUUCUUUAUCGGCUGCCAAGACGAGCAGCUGCUGUAUCUGGACCCUCACUACUGUCAGGCCGUGGUGGAUGUCACUCAAGACAACUUCCCACUGGAGUCGUUCCACUGUAGCUCGCCCAGGAAGAUGCCCUUUAGUCGCAUGGACCCCAGCUGUACUAUAGGCUUCUACGCCAAGAACAAGAAGGACUUUGAGUCUCUGUGUUCUGCCGUCUGUGUGGCCCUAUCGUCGCCCGAAGAGAAGUACCCCAUCUUUACCUUCGUGGAGGGCCAGGCCCAGGACUAUGGACUGGUGGGCCACAGCUCCUCCUAUCCUCACUAUGACACCUCCCCCACCCCUGGCCCCGCCCACAUGCUGCCCCAAGGCAAGCUCAGCAGGAGCAACAACAUAGGCAGCUCUGACGACUUUGUCUUCUUGUGAGUGCUGGUUUGUGUUCCUGAG